AUUAAACUCAUUCUACUUGUUUGAACGGUUUACACAGUCUUCCAAGGUAAGUACGUGGGCUUUUAAAGCGGAAUAAGGCUUCAGCUAGUACAGGUAUCUACAGCUGACCUUCAGGUAUUCAUCAGUAAUGGAGUCAGAGGGGGCUGGAUUCCCUCCGUCUGGCUCGGGGCCAACUGAAGUCUUUAACUCCAUCCGUGAGCGCACCAUCGCAGAGAACAGCAUGGUGGUCCUGCUGCAGGGCCUGCAGGGAGAGGUGACCACGGUGGACCUGAGGAACGAGAGCUCAGCACGGGGCCGCGUGGUCAGCGUGGACGCCUUCAUGAACAUCCGUCUGAAGGACGUGGUGUACCGGGACGGACGGGGUCAAGUCACACAGCUGCAGGACCUUUUUAUCACAGGCAGGAACAUUCGCUACGUUCACAUCCCUGACCACAUGGACAUAAUGAAGACCAUCGAGAGCCAACUGGCCAAAAUCCACAGAGUCCGCAACUUUGCCAGUCAGGGAGGAGGCAGAAAUGAGUACAAGAAAAAAACAAAAUGACUUUUUUUCUUUUUAUAGAAGGAUAUAAAACUGCUGGGUUCGGCUUGAGCGAGGUUUAUUUCAGUCCAAACUCCCAAAGAGAGUUUCAAAAUGCUGAACACUUUUACUCUUUCAGGCCUCUAAAAAUCCUGAAACUGAAUGGUAAUCUGUAACCUUGUCUUUUCUGAGUUUAUAUCAGACAUUUAAAAAAAAACCUGUGCUGAAGGGUUAGAUGUGACCUUACAGCUGAAAUGAGAAGUUAAUUAGGUUUAUGACUAUCAACAUUCUCUGUCAGAUACAGAUCUAGUCUUGUACAUUUUCCCAGGUUAAAGAAAGAAACUAAACAUUUUCUCAAGUAUCUGCUACAAACAGAAUCUUUUCUUGUUUCUCUGUAAUAAUCAGCUAGCUUCAGCAUCGAUAACAGUAUCUGAUUUCUAGAGAGGAACCCUGGAAUCGUUGAACACCAUGUGUUUGUGUUUUGGAAAUUAUAUUUUGGCCUUAUUGAACGUUAACAGUUACAUUCAGUUUCUUUUACAGAAAUUAGAUUUAUGUUCAGAAAAUGCACACAAGACUAAGAAAUAAACAUGCAAAUGUU